AGUAGAAAUCAGAUUAGUCCAGCACAAAAAUCUGCUUCAGAGGGCUAUUCGAGCGUCUGAUAUCACACAACAAAUAAAUUACAUGAAGAAUUCUCUAAAUGAUUUCAUUUAUCGCUCCCAGCUCAGAAUAUCGACUUUAAUUCUGCUUCGUACCGAGCGUUUGUCGGUGCAGUGUAUGUCUUGCGUACAUGGGCUCGAACAUUCUAUUCAACGCGGUUAUCAGCCGAGCUUUCGAGACUCAAGCCAGUCGCCGCCGAGUACAUGUAUGUCAAGAGCAAGUCGGAAUGCCUUGAACGGACGCGGGUCCAGAUGCAAGCAUCUCUACUGGAGCGUCUCAAGGCCUCUGAGAAUCGAUUCACCUGGCUGCGUGGUUCUCCUGGUACUGGGAAGACGGCAAUUUGUAUGAGUGUUGCAUCCACCUUCAACAGUCAGGGUACCCUUGCGGCGUCGUUCUUCUGGGAUAAAAACCAAGCAGGAACAGGCCUCGAUUCCAUUGAUCACUUUCCUUCCACCCUCGCGCACCAACUGGCAGUCUUCAACGAGGACUUCAAGAUGUCACUUGUCAGACGCCUUCGGCAACCAUAUUUAGGCUUUGUCAAGAGCCUUCCUCUGGAUAAACAAAUGGACACUUUGGUCAUCGAGCCAAUGUGUAAUGUGAUGGGAAUAUUGCCUUCUGGCGAGGGUCGCUUCAUUAUUAUCCUAGACGGCUUAGAUGAGUGUGGGAAUCCUGAAGCACUUAAGACUUUAAUGAGGCUUGUACUGAAGCUUCAUGACCUGCCCUCCUCAUUUGCUGUGUUGGUCAGCUCUCGUCCGGAGAUGCAGGUUAUUCGGGCUUGGGCUCGAGUUCAAUCGAUGGGUCAUGUCAUUCCAUGCGAAGACAUUGACAUGAUUGACAAGAGUGAGACUUUCCUCACAAUACGCCGCAUGGUAGUUAAGGGCCUUGAGGACUGCAUCUCCGAAUCAUUGUGGAAACCGUCGGGGAAAGAUCUUGACGCCUUUGCUUUGGCAUGUCGUGAAUUGCCCGUUAUAGCUUCACUGCGCAUACGUGAGGUCUGCAUUCGGACUGAACGGGGUGCCACCCUCAAAUCCGAGUUUAAUUACUUCCGGAACCUCAUGGAUGCUCCGACUGGUCUCAAAUCUGAGUACCUGCGAAUACUGCGGCGAGCCUAUACUCUUGACUCGCUACCUGCCCGUCCGAGUGUAAUUGAAAAUUACCGCCUUGUAAUGGGGACAAUCACUGCGGCACGGAAACCAUUGAGUGUGUAUUCUAUUGGACAACUCAUCGGAAUUACGGAGGAUGAAGUCCAUGCGACUCUGAGACCGAUUAGUUCCAUCGUCAAUCUUCCUUCAACACAAGAGGGGAAACCCCAUUUUUAUCAUGCAACGGUGAAGGAGUUCAAUUUGGGAGCACCAAUUGAUGCAGGUGAUCAUUCGUUCUUUAUCAGUGAUAGGAAUGGGUAUUUCUUGGGGUUGCCGCUCCUUCAAUUUUUGAGGGGUAUCUUCGAGCGGAAUGAAUUAGCAAUGCCUACCGAAGGUCCUUUAGGAGACGAGGAGAAGUGGAAGGACUUCCAGAAGAAGGAGCGACCCGAACAUAUCCGAUAUGCUGUCAAGUACUUAUUCAGCCACUUGGAUCCCUCAAAGCUGUUCUUGCAAGACUCCAGUGAAUUGCAGCGGGAGUUUGAUCACUUGCUUACCCAUAACCUGCUUGCCUUCAUGGUACUCUCGUGCGGUGAAUUCGAAUUGCCGGAUGAAUUACUUCGAUAUAAUAACCACAGUUCAAUCGAGCUUCUACGAGAAACCAAGAGAGUGAACAAAUACAUCCUUGAAUACAGUUUUCAGCUCGGACGUCACUCUUCAGUAGGCAACACAAGCGCUCGUGAUGGCAGCCAUUCAUUUGAUCCUUGGCACAUUUUUCGAUCGGUGCUUCCCUUCUCACCCCCAAUUUUCGGAUUUUAUCACCAUCUCUCGGAUCCUGUUUGUAUCUUCAGCAUUUACGGAGAAUUCACUGGUCAUUUAAUUCCAUUAAGAGUGGGUCAACCGACCACGAAGCGGAAUUUAUCGAUCCUGGUAUUCGUAAUGGUAUAGUAACUUCGGCAGCAAUCUCAAAAGAUGGUGCUUGCGUCGCGCUCGGCUUUGGGAACGGUGACAUCGAAGUUGUUGACAUUGAUCAACAACACGCCAUUUCUCGAUCCCAAUGCGACUCACACAGUCCCAUAGU